AUGGCGGUCGCAGACGCUGGGUUGCCGGAUUACGUGCUAGACGCCGACGCCGUUCUCAAAGACACGAACGUCAACUGGCGCCACGGGCGGGCGCCCGACUACAGCAAGACGCGCAAGGUCUGGUCUGAAACUAAGAAAGCCUCCCACCAAGCCGGCUCGCUCCCAGACCUGGUCGAAAAGCUGGUCAAGAACUGGGAGAUCGAGGCGAGCCACAAGGUGGACCUGGCGGACUGGCGCACCAUCGACUUGUCCUCGUACAAGUUCUCGGUCAACGGCGGGCCGGAGCAGUCGGGCGAGCACAUGCUGCGGGUCGGCACGUACAACGCCAUCCUCGAGCCCAACGAGUACUACUGCCCCGCGCGCUGCAGCUUCGACGCGUCGCACAAGACCUUCAAGCGCAUGAUGCCCACCUUCGCAUGGGAGGUGCUCGAGGUGUACGCGGGCCCGCCCAGGGUCGCGUUCCGCUGGCGGCAUUGGGGCACUAUGAAGGAGGAUUACGUCGGCGUGAAUAACAAGGGGGAGAACGUCAGGAUCAAGGCGCACGGCGGGGAGAUCGACAUUGAGGGCAUCGCGGUGGCCGAGGUGAAUGACAAGCUGCAGCUGCAGAAGGUCGAGGUCUUCUUUGACCCCAUGACCAUGUUCCGGCAGAUGGCGCCGGACGAAGAGACAGGCGUGACCAAGACGAAGGCGGCUUCUCGCUGCGAGGAUGUCAUUGAUCCCGGCGCGGAUUCAUCGGGAUUACCCGAGUCACAAGCACAAAACGAACGCAGGCAGCUCACCUAG